AUUGCUUUUAUUUCAUAACAAAUAGUACAUUUUUCCUUCAAAUUUAUGAAGAAUUUGGUGAAAUAUGGGGAUGCGCCCUAUACGAUGUCGUAGUUUCGGCAGUAAGAACUGUGACGUGAAAUACGGAGAAACUGUAAGACGUGGCAAUAGCAGGCCAAGGAUUGGGAAGAUGGAAGCAAAUAGUAGAUCGACUUCAACAAGUAAUGCAUCAUCUCUUAGAUGGAAGAUUCUUAAACGUGCUAUUCUUGGCGGUCCUUCAUCCAAUUCAGAUAAUCAAUCUGAAGUGGGUAUUCAGCGAGUAUCAAGAAAGGCUACCCACAGCUUCAAUUUGAUACCAUGCCGUGUGAUGAAAGAUUCCCCUGAUGAAAUCUUGGAUUCUUCUUUAUCAGAAAAUAAUCAGCUGCACAAUUCGCGAGAUGCUGUUUUCUGCUACACAUUGCCUGUUGCUAAUUCUCCUCAACUUCUUCUCCGUCAGAGAGUGGAUGAGAUCGCAGAUCUGAGUGACUUUGAGGUCUGUAACAAAUAUGAUAUUGACAACACUGGGCUUGUCUGGUUCAGGAAAGAGCCUGGCCACAAAGGUCUAUUGUACACAGUCUUAUCCUGCAUUUCUGCAAGAGGCUGUUUCCACGGCUCGAACCCGUGGCCUCCUGGUCACAUGGCAAUAGCUUUACCAGUUACGCCAAGGCUCCCCUUCGAUUUUGCAAAGCAUUUGAGGAUAAAAGGUCAAUGGCCGUCUGAGGAAGUCCUUGCUUACUACUGUUUGUCACAUCCAGACAUGUUCAGGCAGAAAAGAGUCAUUGAACUUGGAUCUGGAUAUGGCUUAGCUGGAUUAGCUGUUGCAAUGACAACAGAAGCAUUAGAAGUUAUCAUAUCAGAUGGAAAUCCUCAAGUCGUUGGUUAUAUACAGCAUAAUAUAAACGCCAACUCUGGUGGAUUUGGUAGUACAGAAGUGAAGCCAUUGAUGCUACAUUGGGGUCAGGAUAAAGACUCUAAUUUCUCCAACAAAUUUGAUAUUAUCAUCGCAAGUGACUGCACUUUUUUUAAGGAAUUCCAUCAAGAACUUGCCGAAACCAUCAAAUUGUUGCUGAAAAAGGAGGUCUCCUCUGAAGCCAUACUUUUCAGUCCCAAAAGAGGUGAUUCAUUGGACAAGUUUCUACUAAAAGUGAAAGAUAUUGGCUUGCGUUUCAGCGUAGAAGAGAUAUAUCAUACAGAAGUUUGGAAACGUCAUCAGGGAUUCGUUAAUGGUGAUGACUCCUGGCCUAACUAUGAGAUGGAUCAUUGCUAUCCUUUAUUGGUCAGAAUUAUGGGGUGAACAUUCGCAGUGCAGGUUUACUGUGUCACAUGCUGUUUCAAUAGUUGAUUCAAGUGAAAUGUUUAACUCUGGAAGACCUUUCUGAUUCGCAUUGAAGGACCGUUGAACUUCACAUCUUCGCUUGAACACAAGCAUCACUUAGUUUCUUAGAUUUAAUAAAAGAAGGCCGACUUAGUUCAGCAAGUUCCUUUUUUUCUCCAUAAUAUUUCAGCAAAUAGUUGGAUGUCAUAGUUUCUCUAGCAGUUUUAUAUCUUACCUUCCACGGAAUUGCAGAUUAAUUUUUUGUAUCGUCAGUUCUCAAUUGUUUAUUAAGGUAUCUUGUAGCUAUACGAUAUGCUACGAUAUGCAGAGGAGUUUAAUAUCCUGAAUUAUGCUUCUUCCA